AUGGCGUCGCACAAGCUGCGGUUCCGCGCGAGCGUGAAUCUCGAGCAGUGGCACGCUGCGCAGGAGACCAACCACGGCGGGCCGAGGAAGAUCGCGGUGGUGGGCGACUGCCCCGAGCUCGGUGAAUGGCACCUGCAUGCCAGCGUGGAUCUCGAGCCCGUCCAUGGCGACCUCUCGCAGUGGGAGUCCGAAGACCUCGAGAUAGCGGCCGACAGGUUCCCGCUGCGAUUCCGGUUCGUGAUGAACGGGCACCGCUCGUCCCCGACGACGCGCCCCCUGCUCUUCGACACCCAAGCCAGGACGGUGGAGCGGCCUCCCGAGGACGGCGUCGUGCGGACGACGCUGGACCCGACGAGCGCGAACUCGUCGACGGGGUGGGUGACGCGCGAGGGCGCGGGCGCGGUGCAGCUGCGCGUGGGGCAGCACAACGGGUCGUCGGCGCCGCUCGUGGAGCUCCGGCCGGACCUGCGCGGCAUCGCGUACCGCGUGGACCUCUUCGAGGCGUACCCGAAGGACCCGAACGUGCCCGAGGGGAAGGCGUUUCACCGCGUGACGAGCAACGACGUUGGGCUGCACGUGCCCGAGGACGGCGACAGCGACACGGAGACGCUGACGUUCGUGAUGAACGCGCAGGAGGUCGACGGGCUGGUCUUCCGCGUCGACGUCCGCGCCGUCGACGACGGCCGCCUCCUCGCCCGCGGCGUGGUGACGCGGGAGACGAUUUCGAAGCUGGAGGGCCGCGUGGCGCUCGCGCUGGUCGACCCCACGAUGCGCCCCGCGGGCACGUUCCGCGCGUCCUUCCUCGUGGUCAAGCAGUUCACCCACCCGAACAACCACCUCGGGGACAUCAUGCGGCACCGCUGGGCGCCCGGCGGGGGCUCGCUCGACAUCGGGCACCGCGGCGCGGGGGAGUCCCAGACCCACCUGGGCAAGCUGGUGCGCGAGAACACGAUGCUGUCGUUCCUGACGAGCGCGAACAGCCGGACGAUGGAGUACGUGGAGUUCGACGUCCACAUGACGGCGGACGGCGAGAUCGUGAUUUACCACGACUUCGAGAUCAAGGUUUUGGUGGGGCGUAAGACGGUGCUGAAACAGGGGCUCCCGAGCCUCACGCUCGAGCAGCUGCAGAGCCGGGACGUGCAGAGCCACCUCAACCCGCACCACCACGCCACGCACCGCGACCACCUGCGCCACAAGCGCAUGUUCGAGAAGGACCACGACCGCCGCACCAACACCAUGAAGCGCUGCGCCUCCUCGGGCGAAACCGUCUUCCGGGAUCCCCGCGAGGCGUGGGACCCCAACCAGCCCCACAAGGACGAGGACGACGACGACGCAGGGUCCAGCCAGGGCAAGAAGACCCACCGGAAGGCCGCCAGCGCGGCGCUGCGCGCCCCGCCGCUCGACGGCAGCGGCAUGGGCCAGCCCGUCGCGCCGCCCGCCGCCGCCGGCGCGGAGCCCGGCGGCUCCGGCGCGCCGCCCCCGACCGCGCCCGUGCGGCCCCGCUGGCGCAUCCACGACCGCAUGGCCACGCUGCGCGAGCUCUUCCGGAAAACACCGCGGUGGUUGGGGUUCAACAUCGAGAUCAAGUACCCGACCGACCAACAGAAACAGCGGCAGCCGUUCCGGAUGUACCCGCGGAACGAGUUCAUCGACGCCAUCCUGAACGUCGUGUUCGAGGAGGCCAAGGGCCGCAAGAUCAUCUUCUCUUCGUUCGACGCCGACUGCGCGACGCUGGUGUCCCUGAAGCAGCCCCGCUACCCCGUGUUCUUCCUGACGUGCUCGGGCACCGAGGUCUUCGCGGACCCGCGCAUGAACAGCCUCAACGCCGCCGUCGCCUUCGCGCGCGCCUCGGAGCUCCAGGGCUGCGUCGUCAAGUCGGACCCCCUCCGCGAGAACCUCGACCAGUGGAUCGAGACCUUCCACCGCAACGGGCUCUACCUGUUCACGUGGGGCCACCAGAACAACGACUACGACUUCGUCAAGCGGCAGAAGAGCGCCGGCGUCGACGCCGUCAUCUCCGACGAGCUGUUCAAGUUCAAGCGCAUGGGCAACCGCGUGGGCGCCGACAAGGGCGGCGGGCCGUCCGACCCGGCCACCAGCCCCGACGUGCUCGACCAGGCGCCCGGCGGGCCGUGGCAGACCAAGGAGAUCGUGCGGCCGCCGUCGCUCAAGGACCUGGAGGGCGAGCCGCAGACGGUGGCGGGCGCGGCGGCCGAGGCGAGUGCGGCGCUGGUCCGGGGCGUCGCGGGGCCGCCGGGGGGGCUGCCGACGGUGAUCGACGCGGAGGGAUCGUCGCAGGGCGCGGAGUCGACGAGCGACUCGGGGACGUCGCCCGCGCGGUCGCGCGGCGUGAGUGCGGGCGCGGCGGAGUCGGGGGACCUGACGCAGGAGCUGCAGAAGCUGAUGCGGCCGAUCGACGAGGUCGGACAGGCGUAG